AUGGGGAGGAAGCGGCGACUUCAGUUCGUUGAGUCUGGUGAGAGCUCCUCACAUGUGGGGUCGAAUGAAGUACCAUCACGCCAACAAGCUCCUUCAGCUGAUGAUGAUAGACGACAGUCCCAGGGGAGUGAUGACGAGACACUAGCACCAGAUACUGAGGACAUACCCAUAACCGUACCCACAGCUGGAGCGGUUGUUGUGCCCAACAAACGUGGGCCUAACCGAUUUGAUGAUAUAUGGAAUAUGCCACCGGGCAAAAAAUUAUUCUUGGAAAUAAAUGGGGCGGGCCAGCCAGUCGGGGAGAAUGCUGGACCUUUUGCAAAGUGGCUGGGAACAAUGGCAAGAAAGCCUGAUAUGUGCCCAAUCAAUUAUCGCUCAUGGCAUUCCAUGCCACUACAAUACAAGAAUCGGUGUUGGGAAGCCAUUCAGGCACGAUGGGUAAUUCCUACAGCCCGCAUCCCACUUGCCAAGCAAAGGAAAUGGUCACUCUCACGGAUUGGGAAGUUGUGGAGGGGCCACAAAACAGAGUUGAAGGAAAAGCACUACAACCUGAACACAACUAAGGAAGAUUUACUUCAGCUAUCACUGCCGGAGGUUGAUGACACUCAAUUUCAUGGCCUGGUGGAGUAUUGGUUCUCUAAAGAUUUUAAGGAGCUGUCGGAAGAUAACAAAGCGCGGCGUGGCAAGCAGACGGAGUUGCACACGCUCGGAUCCAGAAGCAUGGCCCAGACGGCGGAUAUCAUUGCAAAAAAGAAAGGCAAGCAACUAGAGAGAAGUGAGAUGUACGAAGUGGCGUAUUCUCACCGCGAUGGUGUUGCUGUGAAUGCCACUGCGGAAGCAAACAUUGCAAAGAUGAAACAUCUUAUGACAGAGGGGUCACAGUUGCGGGGAAAUGACAUUGAGGCAGGCAUACUUUGGCAACCCGACGAUGCAUUUGCACAGGUCCUCGGUGCAGAGAGAAGUGGUCGUGUUAGAGGGGUAGGCUUUGGUCCAACCCCCUCUGGAAAUCGUGCGAGGUCAAUGGAUGAUAGUACGCCACCUCCAACAUCUACUGCAACUGAACAAAAGGUUAUCGAGUUGUCUGCUGAAGUAGAAGAAAUGAAGGAGAAAUGUGCGCGUUAUGAUGCUGAAAUGAAGGAGAAAUGUGCGCAUUAUGAUGCUGAAAUGAGGUUAAUGCGGAGGAUGUUGACUUCACUGUACCCAUCGUUUCCCAAUCUGUCUACGGUAAGAAGUUUGAAUGCAAAGUAUGUGCAUUUGGUGAUUCCCUGGUUCUUUUUUUUGCACACAUAG